AUAUAAUGGGGCGUGUCUAUUCUUUAACUGAUCUAUGCUUUUCAACGAUUUCAUAACCUCAAAUCACUCUCAUGUAACUCAUGUUACGACUUAGACAUGUCACACUUGACAAUAAAUACAAUGCAAAGUAUUGCUUGAACCUUCUUUCUUACAAUUUGCAAAAAGUCGCCACUGAGAAUUUUUCUUUCUGUUUUUCUGUUAUUUAAUUGAACUUAUGCCAGUGUGAGAAUUAUAAAAUGAAGGUUAAAGUAAUUUCUCGCAACCCAGAUCAUUACUUGAGAGAAACCAGAAAAGAUCUCCAUCGAGUUCCGAGAAACUAUGAUCCCAACUUACAUCCGUUUGAAGCCAACAGAGAAUACGUCAGAGCCCUGAAUGCUGUGAAGUUGGAACGGGUCUUCGCCAAACCAUUCGUUGGUAACUUGGAUGGUCAUAGGGACGGAGUAUCCUGCAUUGGGAAACACCCUAAGUCUUUAUCUAUACUUGGUAGUGGAUCCUAUGAUGGAGAAGUACGUAUAUGGAAUCUGUCUCAAAGAAGUUGUCAGAAACAAUUGAAGGGACAUGAAGGAUACGUAAGAGGUCUAUCUUUUAAUUGUGAUGGAAGUAAUCUUAUCACAGUAGGUGACGAUAAAACUGUUAAAUUCUGGAAUACCAGCGCUACAGCUUCAAAAGAUGAAUCUCCUGUCAACACUGUUAUCAGCAAGACAUCUAUAACAGGGAUUACUCAUCAUGUUAGUGAUCCGAAGUAUGCAACUUGUGGAGAGGUGUGCCAGUUAUGGGAGGAGUCUCGAAGUGAGCCAAUAAGAAGCUUUCGCUGGGGAUUCGAUUCGGUUCAUAACAUAGCCUUCAAUCCUAUUGAGUCAAAUGUUCUUGGUACAUGUGGUAACGAUCGUAGUAUUGUGAUUUAUGACAUAAGGAAGACUGGACCUGUUAGGAAAGUGGUUAUGACUAUGAAAUGCAAUCAGUUGUGCUGGAAUCCAAUGGAAGCGUUCAUAUUCACAUGUGCCAGUGAAGACUUCAACUUGUACACUUACGAUUCACGAUAUCUGAGAUCACCGAUGAUUGUGCAUAAAGACCAUGUAUCGGCUGUCACUUCGAUUGAUUAUGCUCCCACUGGCCGUCAAUUCGUUUCUGGAAGCUAUGAUAAAUCAAUCCGAAUGUAUAAUAAUGAUAAGGUUCAUUCUCAUGAAAUCUAUCAUACAAAACGUAUGCAGCAUGUAACCUUCGUCCAAUGGUCUUUGGAUAAUAAGUAUAUUAUUAGCGCUUCUGACGAAAUGAACAUUCGAAUUUGGAAAGCAAAGGCUUCUGAAAAACUUGGCGUGCUCAAUCGCAGAGAAAGAGCAGCUCUUGAAUAUAAUGAAGCUUUGAAAGAAUAUGAAAAUCACCCUCAAAUCAGAAGAAUUGCUAGACACAGACAAAUUCCCGGCCAUAUUCACAAAGCUCAGAAUGAGAUGCAAAUACAGAAGCAGAAGACGCUGAGAAAGGAAGUGAACAGACGACAACAUUCAAAACCGGGAACAGUGCCUUUUGUACCAGACAAGCAUGCCAGUGUGAUCGAAGAGCAAGAAUAAAUAUCCUGAAUGAUGAA